UACUUUUCCUAUCGAGCUAGCGUACAUGUAAGAAUUCCAGGCGUAGUGGCGCUGCAACUUUGCACGCAUCAUAUUUCGAGAAAAUCUUCUGUUGCCAUCAUGGCUCCUCCAACACCUAACGCAGCUCCGCAAGCAGGUCGCUUUCAGCACCCGUGGCUGACCCCUCUGCCUCCGGGACGCGCUCGUGUCUAUGAUAUUAUGUACAAGUCGGUCACAACUUUGCUGGUAGCUUUUUCCGCUUAUGGAUUCUACGAGGUUAGCCGCGGGACCUACUACGUGAUGCACUCGAACCGCAUGCGCAAGCAACAGGAUGCGGAGCAGGUGACUGAAGCUAGCCAUGGCAGUGGGGCCUCCAGCAAUAUCGUAACUGCCAGCACUGCGACGGUGGUAGCACCAUAUUCUAGCGUCACCUCCGUACCGUGGAAGGUGCAGUGGCAACUCCAAAGUUCUGUAGAGGUUAAUCUGAGUUUAGCUAACAGCAACAAUGCCGGCACAAAAUCUGGCAGUGGCGACACGACGCAGCAGCAGUCGCAGCAGCAGCAACCCCAAAAUCAGCAAAUUUCCUGGACGCCCUUCAACCGCGCUGACAGCGUGCGGCUCGCGGCGCUUGAGGCGUCAGGUUGGGGCCAGGAGCUUUUCGAUGCCCGCUUUGCCGAUUUGACAGCUGUGCUUCCGGACCUGCCACGGGUGCUGUCAUCCUUGCUGCCGGCACAGCUGCUGGCGGCCAUGUCGGAUACACAUGCGACAGCCGCGAAGGUGAUUUUGCUCAAAGCUGCGCUGCCUUCGACCAACGUCGGCAUGUUGUUACUUCUGCACCCUCCAUUCCUGGACCCUGCCUACGGUGCGGAGCGUUUGCUGGCGGGCGUGGAGCACGCCAGCCGUGUGCUGGGCGGGGCGGCGGUGGCGGAGGAGGUAAUCCAAUGGUAUCCGCCAUUGAUGGAUCCGACGGUACUUGACGCGAGCGUGGCGCAGCUGAGGCGGCUAGUUCCGCAUCUGGCUCGUAAUUGCCUACCAGCGUCGGGACGGGGAAUGGGGCCAUAUGGUGGAAGGGAAGGGUCGGGAGAAGCCUUUGCGGGCGACCCACCCGCGAUAUCGGCAGCACGCAAGGAGCUGAAGAACGCCUUUCUGGUGAACCGUGACCUUACCGAUCAGCGCCAGAUCAACUCGAAGCUAGCAGAAGCCUUGGAGGCCAACGAUUUCCUGCGCGAAAAUGUCAUUCAGGCGGUCAAGAAAGACUGCGGAUCGUACGGUAGGUACGAGCGCAUGUAA